CGCCGAUCGUCUUCCACCUCGCCUUCGUCUCCGCCGAUUUGUCUCCACCCACCCACCUGCCGUCCUCACUCCCCUCCGCCGGCCCGCCCGUUCAGAGUGACGAAAUGGCCGUGUCGACGGAGCUGCCGGAGGCCGGGUCCCCGCAGGAGCAGGAGCAGGGGACGGAGGCGCCGCCCGGCCCCGGCCUGCGGUACAACUCGCCGCUGGUCCAGGUGUCGCUGAUCGGGCUGGUGUGCUUCUGCUGCCCGGGCAUGUUCAACGCGCUGUCCGGGCUGGGCGGCGGCGGGCAGUUCGACCACACCACGGCCGACAACGCCAACACGGCGCUCUACGCCUGCUUCGCCAUCUUCGGCGUCCUCGGCGGCGCCGCGCACAACCUGCUCGGCCCGCGCCUCACGCUGCUCCUCGGCUCCCUCACCUACCCGCUCUACGCCGCCUCCUUCCUCUACUACAACCACCGCAAGUCCCAGACGUUCCCCAUCAUCGCCGGCGCGCUCCUCGGCGCCGGCGCGGGCCUGCUCUGGGCGGCGCAGGGCGCCAUCAUGACCUCGUACCCGCCGCCCAACCGCCGGGGCAGCUACAUCUCGCUCUUCUGGUGCCUCUUCAACCUGGGCGGCGUGCUGGGCGGCCUCCUCCCCUUCUCCUUCAACUACGCCCGCACCGACGCCGGCAGCGUCAACGACGCCACCUACGGGGCCUUCAUCGGCUUCAUGCUCCUCGGCGCCGCGCUCACCUUCCUCGUCCUGCCGCCCGCCAGGAUCGUCCGCGACGACGGCACGCGCGCCACCAGGGUCACCUACUCCUCCGUGUCCACCGAGGGGUGGGAGAUCCUCAAGCUCUUCACCAACUGGAGGAUGCUGCUCAUCCUGCCCGCCGCAUGGGCCAGCAACUUCUUCUACACCUACCAGUUUAACAACGUCAAUGGCCUCCUCUUCACCCUCCGCACCAAGGGCCUCAACAACGUUUUCUACUGGGGCGCGCAGAUGAUCGGCUCCGCCGGCAUCGGAUACUUCCUCGACUUCGGCUUCGCCAGCCGCAGGAAGCGGGGCCUCAUGGGGGUCGCCGCCGUCGCCCUCCUCGGCACCGCCAUCUGGGCCGGCGGCCUCGCCAACCAGCUCAGGUACCUCGACGGCGAAUUCCCCGACAAGAUCGACUUCAAGGAGGGCCGCCGCUACGCCGGGCCCUUCCUGCUCUACUUCAGCUACGGCCUCAUGGACGCCAUCUUCCAGAGCCUCAUCUACUGGAUCAUCGGCGCACUCGCAAACGACUCGCAGAUCCUAAGCAGAUACGUUGGGUUCUACAAGGGUGUGCAGAGCGCAGGAGCAGCCGUGGCAUGGCAGGUCGACACCCACAAGACAUCCCUGCUGUCGCAGCUGAUCGUCAACUGGGGGCUGUGCACCGUCAGCUACCCGCUGCUGGCCGUCCUGGUGCUCCUGGCCGUGAAGGACGAGGACUACUCGGUGUCCAACGUCGACGACGGCGGCAAGGAGAAAGACACCAAGAUGGCCGCGCCAUCAAGCUUCCACUGAGGAGAGGAUACGUUUCAGUUAUUCAUCCGCGUGUUCGCCUGCCGUGAUAUUUCACAAGUACAAUGGUUUAGGCCGUGGUGUAGGCGUGAGUACUCACUGAUUGAUCAUCGUGCAAUCUUUGUGUUGUGUCAGAUUGUUACUGGUGUGUGUGUGUGUGGUUCAUGGCAGUGGUGUAGUGUUCAUUGGCAACACCAUGUGGCAAUUUUUUUCUCUGUUUUCAUUGUCGUCGGUUCACUUUAGCUGCAGUAAAUGGUAACAAUACAGAGUAUACAGCUUCA